AUGGAUUCUCUAAAACAACAACAAUUAAUUAUGCAAGCAAAUUUGAAAAUUAACCUUAAGUAUUUUAUUAUUUGGAGAAAAUUGAUUUGUAGAAGGCUGAAUUACAGUUUAAUCGAUUAACAACAAUUAAAUAAAUUGGUUUUAAUUAUUUUUCGGAGCUCAAGAAGCAUUCAUUAAUUUAGGAUUAAAUACACCAACUGGAUGAUAUAGCAGUGGAGCAUUGUCAAUUUAAACAAAUAGAUGGUUUUUUAUUGGUUUGUAAGGUUUUAAUUAUAAUAAUGCUAAUAAUAUAAGAAUUGAAACAUUAUUUACUAAUAUAGACACUAAAUUAGUUUAUACCUUUGAAGCGCGUAAUAUUAUUUAUAUAAAUCUUAAUUAGGUUAAGGAAUACCAGAAAAACCAAAUAGGAAUUCUUAAAUUUGGAUUGCUUAUUAAUUUAUUAUCAAUUAAUAUUCCACUUUAAAUUAAAAAUAACAUUUUUAAUUUAAAUCAGCGUAAGAACAAGUCAUAUAGCAUUUGAUUUAAUAAUUUUGCCAACCAUUUAUUUAAAAUUAAUUUCACUAAAUAAAAUUUAUUCUACGAUAAGAAAUUAUAACUAUAUUUUGA